UGGUGGGAGGGUGGGGUUGGGGUCCGUUGCUGAUGCUGGGCAGAUUGCGUUUAUCUCCGCAUCUCUGCUUCGCUUCUCUUAAUGCUGCCACUGGAUGGCUGCGCGUCGACGUGAGAUCAUUUAUUGAGGACUUCAUCCGAUUUCUAAAACAAACAAGAAAACAAACAAACAAACAUGACAGACAUUACGACUUCAGAUUCAUGCCCGGUUCCCAAUGCGACUAUCGUGGACCCGACGGCUGUGCGAAACGGACAAUGCGCCGCUGCCCAGGAUCCGAACCAACCUAAGAGAGGAAGCCAGGGCGAUCCCUUUAAUAUGGACCGGGACCAGGAGAUGAAAAUCACAGAGACCGUUGAGGGCGAAGGUCUCUUGGAGAGCAGUAUGCGCCUGAAGCCUCAUGAAGCUCAGAGUUACAGGAAGAAAGCUCUGUGGGUGUCCUGGAUCUCCAUAGUAGUGACGCUCAUCCUGGCUGUGGCAGCUUUCACUGUAUCGUUCAUGAGGCACAGUGCAUCAGCGUUUGGAUUUGCUUUUGAUGCCAUGUUAGAUGUUCUCUCCUCUGUUAUAGUGCUGUGGCGUUAUAGCAAUGCUGCAGCAGUGCACUCUGCCCAUAGAGAAUACAUAGCCUGUGUGAUACUUGGAGUUAUUUUCAUCUUGUCCUCUUUGUGUAUUUUGGGGAAGGCCAUCCAUGAUCUGGCUGUCAAGCUUCUUCCUGAAGUGGAUGACUUUCUGUUUAGUGUUUCCAUUGUCAGUGGCAUCAUAUGUAUCAUUCUUGCUGUUGCCAAGUUUAUGCUGGGCAGGAUUUUGACCAGCAGAGCCCUCAUAACUGAUGGUUUUAAUUCUUUGGUUGGAGGCAUCAUGGGCUUUUCAAUCCUUAUUAGCGCUGAGGUGUUUAAACAUCACCAAAAUGUUUGGUAUCUGGAUGGAACUGCCGGGGUCCUGAUUGGACUCAUCAUUCUAGCUUAUGGGAUCAAGCUGCUGAUUGACAUGGUACCACGAGUAAGACAGACUCGAAACUAUGAGCGCUUUGAGUAAACCUGGAUCAGAGAAGAAAGGCAACGGUAUGGAUCCAUCCAUGCUGAGAUACCACCCCCACCCUCUGCUCCUCCCCUGCCUCUCUCUCAUCACACCCAAAGACAUCCAAGAAUAAAGUCUGCUGGCAGCCAAUUCAGCAUCAUGAUCAGUACUCAUCACACUUUUGAUCUCAUGAUGUCCUCUUUCACGCAGCAUAAAAUCUUGUGGGUGAAUAAGGGGGAAUUAACAUAAAUGCAGAGCUAAAGGGGGAAACACUAAGUCCAGGCACUUUCUUUAACAUGAGAUUCUGAUUUUAAAGAGAGAUGUGCAUUUAUAGUGUCCAUAUAGUCUUCUUGCCACAUUUUUAAAUACUGUUUCGCUUUCAUAUUUUGGAGUAAAUUUUGAUCUCUGUAUAAUUAAUGUCAAUGUGUAUUUAAAACUAUUUGCAGCUUUUAAUGCACUAAGCAUUAGUGAUAUCUCUAUAGACAGCCAGCAUUCAUCGUUUCUUCCCUCCCAAAAUGAAUAUAUUAUACACGAUGUAUGGUAUGUUAAUAUUUGACUGUAAAAUAUUGUAUAUAAUCUUUCAGAGCACUUCCAGUACUCAUUCAAUAAUGAAAGCACAUUAAACAUGCACUGGGGCGACAAGUGCAUAUUAAAGGUUUCUCUCAUCCACAGUUCAGGGUCCACAGGUAUCUGUGAAGGGGGAUAACAAUACAGAUUACGAUUACACUGAGCCUGUAUGUGUUGAUAAUGGAAAUGUUCAACCAGCACAAACCCCUCAAUAUGAGUUGUGGUUAAUAAUAGCUUGACUCCUAUCCAAACAUCACCAAUACAGCAAAAAUAGCUAAAUGUGGUAACAUUUCUGGUUUUCUUUCUAAAUUUAAGAAUCUUUUAUAAACAUGCCUUAGAAACAGACAUUACUGGUGUGUAUAUUGAGACCAAUUAAUGGCAUAUAUUUUAAGAUUUGUCAGUGCAAGUUAUUUUUAGUUGAGACAGCUCAAACAUGUGACUAGGACUAGCCUUAAAGGGACAUUGCACGAUU